AUGAAGUCGGCAAUUUCAUCGUCACUCUUCAAUUCCAAGUAUCUAUUAAACCCUAAUCCUCUUUCUCCUUUCACCUCCCUCAAAUCCAUUUUCCUCCCUAAAUUAUCUCUGAGAUCGAUCACCUUGAAACACUCUCCUUCUUCGUCAACCUCAGCUCGAAGAUCAAUCUCUUCCAUGGCAUCUUCUUACAAACCCGAACAAGCCAGAGUCCCCUCUGCUCUUCCCCUCCCGUCUCCUCCGUUGACCAAAUUCAACAUCGGAUUGUGUCAGUUAUCUGUGACUGGUGACAAAAAGAGAAACAUUUCUCACGCUAAGAACGCAAUCGAAGAAGCUGCUUCUAAAGGAGCUAAGCUUGUUCUCUUACCCGAGAUUUGGAACAGUCCAUAUUCGAAUGAUAGUUUUCCAGUUUAUGCGGAAGACAUUGAUGCAGGUGGUGAUGCUUCUCCUUCAACAGCAAUGCUUUCUGAAGUUUCUAAACGUCUCAAGAUUACAAUCAUUGGUGGCUCUAUACCUGAAAGAGUUGGGGAUCGUUUGUAUAACACUUGCUGUGUCUUUGGUCCUGAUGGAGAGCUUAAAGCUAAGCAUCGAAAGAUACAUUUAUUUGAUAUAGACAUUCCCGGGAAGAUUACUUUUAUGGAAUCAAAAACUCUUACUGCUGGAGAGUCACCAACAAUCGUUGACACAGAGGUGGGGCGUAUCGGAAUAGGGAUCUGCUAUGAUAUCCGGUUCCAGGAGUUGGCUAUGAUAUAUGCUGCAAGAGGGGCUCAUUUGCUGUGCUACCCCGGAGCCUUUAACACGACAACUGGACCGUUGCAUUGGGAAUUAUUACAAAGGGCAAGGGCUACGGAUAAUCAGUUAUAUGUGGCGACGUGCUCACCUGCCAGAGAUUCGGGAGCUGGCUACACUGCUUGGGGACACUCUACACUCGUCGGGCCUUUUGGAGAAGUACUAGCGACGACUGAGCACGAGGAGGCCAUUAUCAUAGCAGAGAUUGAUUACUCUGUUCUUGAACAACGAAGGACAAGCCUUCCGUUGAAUAAGCAGCGGCGCGGAGAUCUUUACCAGCUUGUAGACAUACAACGCCUGAACUCGAAAUGA